AUGCUAUUUUUGCGUAUGAUUCCAUUUUUUGCCUUUAUUGGCAUAAUAUCUAUAACUGCCGAUCUCGAGUUUAAUAAUGUUAACUGUUUCACUUAUGAUAAACAGUUUAUGGAAUACGAAUAUUGUUACUUGAAGGCAGUAAAUCGCACCUACAAAUACUUAUCGUUAAAAGCUGUUCUCCAUAAAUUGCCUGUUUAUACUGCCAAGGUGGUGUUCAAGAUUGCAAAACGCGACACCCGGAACAUAUUCGAGCGUUUCAAUGGCAGUAUAAAUGCCUGUACAUUUUUGAAAGACCGGAAAAAUCCAUUCGCCAGUCUUAUAUUCAGUACAUUUGCACCAUUUUCAAAUCUGAAUCACACAUGUCCCUUUAAUCACGACAUAAUACUGGACAAGUUGCCAAUACAAUAUGUGAACAGUGUAGUAAAGAAUUUUUUUCCCUUUGGACGAUAUUUGUUAAAUCUAACAUUUUAUAAUGAGAAUAUUCUACGGACUGAUAUCAUCGUCUACUUUACAAACACAUAAUGUACUUCAAAUCAAGCUUCUAUUCGGUUCAGUUAUUCAAGUAAAUUCCAAAACAUAUAAUGUAAAUCUGGUUAGAAGCUACAUAAAAUUCACAGUAUGAUGAAGUAUUUUGAUUUUCAAAAAAAUUAAUAUAAAAAAAAAAAAAAAAAAAAAAAAAAAACCAGUAAAAUCUAUAAAAAAAAUUAAUAAGUAAAGUAGAUUUAUAGAAAAUAAGAAAGCAAUUCCAUAAUGCCGAUCGAUGUGAUUACGACAGAUAAUUUGAAAUAUCAUCGUCUGGUUGCCAGCAAGGAUACCAAGACAUCGGAACGUUGGCAAAAGCUGUUCAGCUGGUAUCCAGGCAGGCAGAAUAUCGAGUUCAGUCGCAUCGCUCAGAUCUAUUGUGAAAGCCAGCAUAGAUACGGGCAGGAUAUAUUCCUACAGUAUGCACGUGAAAGACGACUGAACAAGCUGCACGCCUACAACCAUCUGGAUUCAUUGAAAGAACUGGAAAAGCAAGAUGAACAGAGUCACAAUGUUAACAACAAUGCCAAAGUACCGCCCACCACAAAUGGCGAAUAUGGACGCUUUAAGCCAUCGAGAAUGCACUAUUGCUAGGAGCAAAAUGGAAUCUUUUACUAUUGGAUUUUAUGAGCAUUUCAAAUUCAAAGUGUAAUCUUUAAAGACCAGUAACUGCAUAGUAUAUAUCAAAUAUUAUUUGAUAUUUUUAACACGAA